AUGUUCAGUCGGGACGCAGAGUCCGAUAACGAGCCCGUGACAAGGGCCUCUGACCCAAAAGAAGAGGCGGAGACCUCAAGCCGCGAAGGGGGGGAUGGAGACGGCACACCCGCCGUUCACGAAGCGCCGCAGCAGCGCCCUGAUGGCGUCCUCUCGUUGUGCGACACCCAAGCUUCCCCCAGCUCUGCGCUUCUCCAGUUCCCACAAGGAAACGCGGACGAUGCCCGGCCGUGUUGUUGUCUCGCCUCUUUGCCAACAGCUCUCGAGACCGGCGCUCCCGCGGGGCUUUCUGGAUCGCCUUCCGGCGCGCCGACCAGCUCCACGCUUGCCGCUGUGCAGCCCAUCCUCGAGAGGGAACAAAUUGGAGAGGCCUCUGGACAGCUGCGAGGAAUUGAGGCGUGCGAGAGAGGUCUACCGCGCGAUGCAGGGAGAAACGCUCACACAGACUGCCCGACAGUGGCAGAGGCGGAGCGGGAGAAGACUUGCGUGGAAAGAGAUGAAGACGCGGUGCCUCUGGAAAGCGGAAUGCACGACAGCGUGCGGGCGUGUUCGGAGAGAAGAUGGAGCGGGCUAUUGAGCGACGAGAGGCGAAGGAGCCAAGAGUCUCACGUCUCUCUCUCGUGCGCAGAGGUCGCUGCAAGUCACGAAUGCAGCGGCACGGAAGAAAAAAGCGGUCUUUCAGGUGUGUGGGGCCUCAAGGAUGCGCCCUGCUGGAGUCGAGUGGAGCUCGGUAGCUCAGUCAACUUCCCCGGCUCCGGGUCUUCCUCCUACCUUCCGUCCUCCCUCCCAGGCCCUCUCCUCCCCUGUCUCCCUGCGUGGACUUCGCACUGCGUGGAGAGCUGCCAGCCGCUUGCGACGAUGGAUGACAGCACGCGGCGAGCAAGGAGUCUCGACCAGGGACUCAAGGCGCUGCUCGAUGAAGCCGCCGAAGACGAAUCCGACGGUGAUGAUCUCCUGGAAACAACUGCCAUGAAACGGGGAAACUCGUGGCCUUACUUUUGGGUUCGGCGCUUGCUGCUGCUUGAGCGCCGCUCGCUCCUCUAUUUUUCUCUCCCUGUGUCUCCGGGGGCGCCUCCACGGGGUUGUCUGCCCUUGCAACCCCGCACGCGGAUUUUGGUUCUUCGGGACUGCGUCUCCCUCUACGGCCGCAGGAAUGCGUAUCUUCUCGCUGUUUUCAAUCCUUCUGAAAGUGCCUGGCAUGUGGGCUCCGCGGGUGCCUCUCUAAAGACUUCGUUCCUGUCGUCGCUCGCGGCUCUUCUGCCGGUCGCCUCUCUUGCGCCGGCUGCGUCGCUGGGGGCAAGCCCGCCGACGACCAUUGCGGCUUCCGUCCCUGCGUCGUGUUCGCCGUCUUUCGCGUCCCAUCCGCGUCCUUCUCAGCGGCGUCGUGGCUUCCGGGAGCCCGCGAGCCGCCGCGCAUCGCCUCGUUUCCGUCGUCUGUCGACCGCUUCUGGAGCGCAGAUUCCUCUCUGUGCACUUCCUAUUUCGAUCAACCACAUCUUGCCGAUCAAGCUCCCGUCGGCGAGCCCGGAUGCGCGACUGCCCUCGCCCGCAACUGCCUCCGCCUCGGACUACGCCUCGAGUGUGCGCAACACGGGCGCGAUGUGCAGCGGGCGGUCGCUGGCGGAGAGAAACCAGCCGCAGGCGCCGGCCUCCUUCCUGGCCUCUCCAGUGUACAUCUGCUCGCCAGCGGCUUUCGCCAGAGAAUUCGACGCAGCCCCGCACCCGAAGUUCCUCUUCGACUUCCCCGACUCGGGAACGUACUGCCGGUUCUGCCGCUCGCUGGCGGUGGCAGUUCGCCGGAUUCAGAGACGGGCAGACAAGUCGACCGGGCUUCGCAGCGCCUCCGCUGCAUGCGGCGCCUCGCGACUCGGCAGCUUCCAUCGCCACAACCCGAGUGGUGACGAGAAGCCGGCCUGCGAACGCUUUUCCAGCGGGCAAGGAUUUGCAGAGGAGACACACUCCGGUGUGACUCCGCCGGGAUUCGUCAGGGAGGAAGAUUCUCGGUGCUCGCCAGUCUCCUGCUCCUGCCGCGGGGGCUGCGCCGCCCCGCGACUGGAUUCACCCUUGGCGCUGGCCUCCACAUCUGACCCAGUCGAGCCCGGAAAUCGGGGAAAGAGAAAUGCUCCCUUGCCUGAGGCUUGCGGAAUACUAACGGUGGCCUCUCCGAGGUUGCCGUUUUCCGCCGCUGCCUCGCCUCCUGGCACCAGUUGGGCGGAGGCGGCCUCGAGGCGUCGGUCUUGCUGCAGUGAAGAACUUGCUGCCUGCUUCUCGGCGCCGUUGCAAAACCGCCUCUCGAGCAGAAAUGAAGAGCCUUGCCACGGCGUGGCAUGCCAAAGCGGUUUUGCUGAAUCAGUUGUGUCUGAACAGGGCCUUGACACCCACGAGAAACUACCCGUUUGCUCGCCUCGAGACAGCCUCGCCGCCUGCGAGUCCCCAGCGCCGAUCGUGUUCGCGGAUCGACCGCGGUGUUUCUACAGCUCCUUCGAGAGGCACAGCAGGCGCGCAUCCCAGGACAGCUCAGUUCCCUCGCUUUCGUCGCCGCGCACGUUUCCAUGGGAGCAGUUUGAAGGCGCCCUCGACACGGUAUCGCAACCCGAGGAGUCCUUCUCUCAGGAGCUGGGCAAUCCGGAAAGCUCGCUGGGCGGGUGUGCGGCGAGCAAGGACCACACGUCCCGCGCGCAGGAGUGUCGAGACAAGCUUGGCAGUCGCAGGCCAUCCAGCUGCGCCCGCGGGCUUGAGAGAACUGAAAUCUCUGCACCUGGGCCGCUUGCUGCUCCAACGGCGUCUUCGUGCGGCGCCGUCUGCGGCUGUGAAUGCUCCUAUCCGCCUUUUCCCGAGGUUCGUCUGUCGCGUGGAGAGUUUGCUUCUGAGACUCGUGGCUCUUGUUUCCCCGCACCUCCGGGCGCCUCGCUGUGCGGCUCAGACGAGGGCGCCGUCGCAGAUUGCUGCAGCAGCCCGUCGUGUUUGCGACGUUCGAGUGGGGAAGCCUGCCGCUCUAUGCAGCAAAAGCGGCUCUUUCACGCCAGGGAGUCGGGCGGCGCUUCGGGCUACGCAGCUGCUAUGGAAAACCACUUCAUGCGUUCCUUUCCUGAGGAGAAGCAGAGGCUGGAGGAGGGACGCUGCGGUCGAAACGGCGGCGGCGGACUUUCCGCCAGGCAGAUGUCGCGCCCCGAGGAGGACGAAGAGACCCCGGCGAAGUGGGUCGGAGAGGCCACCCUGGUGUCUCUGCACAGCACAGUGAGCAGGCUGCUGCAUGUGCUAGAGGAACUGCGCACGAAUUCGAAGUCGACUGAGGAUGGGGCCGUCGCGCCAGCUGAGCAAAGCGCCACGCAUCGAUCCGAAGACUUCUUCACCGGCAGCAGCACGUCGGCGACGUCGCCACGAAGCGGGGGGAGCAGCAAACGCAUGUGGGGGUUCCCGUCUGCUCUCGCGGACGUGUCCGCGCGGAGCCACCUCGGGAGCUGCAGAAACAGUUCGACCGCGAACGGCUCCGAGGGGGGUCCUCCGGCGGGCGACGCGACUUCGCUCGACACUCUCGCAGCCGCCGUUCGCGAGUCUCUGCGUGCGAUGUCCGCCGAAAGCGGCGCUUGGGCGCCCAGAGGCAGAGGCGCGAACGCGUUUCUGGCGCAGAAUGCGUGGUUGCUUCGAGCUGCGGAGACGUGCGCAGCCGAGGCGCCGGGCGGAGACGAGGCGAGAGCAGACGCCUCGCUCGCCGCUGCCGACGAAAAGGAGGCUCUUUUGGCGCAGCAGCAGGACCAAUUGGAGCGGCUCCAGUCGGUCGUUCAGUUCCUCCUGAGACAGCAAGAGCUGCAGCUCGUGGAGGGCCGGUAUCGAGACGCCGCAGCUCUACAGGAAGACUGGGAGGAACAGCAGAGGCAGUGGGAGCAGGAGCGGCGUCUUCGGCGGCAGAAAUGCCAGCGGCCGCAACCUGGGCUCGAGGCUAUCAGCACUCGAGAUACCACUAGUGCCGCGCAGAUCUCUCCACUCCGCGCGUCAGACGGCAUCGAGAAGGAGGCGCUGCACCGGCCUUCGCACGAAGCUCUGCGGUCUGAGGGCGGCGCGACGAGAGUCGAUGAAGUGAGCGGCACAGGCGCACGGCACGCCUGGAGAGAGGCAGCAGCGAAGACCCAACAAGGAGAAAUUUCCCCCGCAGUCUGGUCAGCGGAGACAGGACACUCUCGCUCUCUGCGGUCACUUCCUCUCCCUUUACUGGCGCAGCAGCAAGUGCUUGACGACUGGGAAUCACGGAAGCAGAAUGCACGUCAAAAGAGCGCGCCUGCUGUGACUGGGAUGGAGGGGAAGCGCGAUAGCUCGUGGGUGUCUUUACGAAGACGUAUCACGUUGACAGAAGCACCGAUGACGAGCCCAGAAGGGGUGGAAUGCCCUCGUGACGUGGAUUCUUGCUCUUCACGCCAGCGAACAGAGGAGCCGUUGUUCUUCUGUAUCGCCACUCCGAGGCUCACCAGUGAGGCGUCUGAGGAGGGAGAGCCUGCGCAGGAGACGUCUGGCGCAGGCUGCGUGGGCGGGCGACAGCCGGAAGACAGGCCACGCACUCAAGAGGAUAGAGCAUGUCCUGCGGUUGAGCAAGCAGCCCUCCUCUCCUCGGGGUCGGGAGAGAGAGAUCGGGCUUGCGAUUGCUCGACCCCGCCCGGUGCCUGGAGUAGAGCUGCCCGCGGUGUUGGCUCAUAUUUGGCUACCGCACUUCAGGCGGAAGACGCAGGCAGUGACGUGGAACGCAGUGAGGCGCAUCUCUAUAAGGAAUGGAGAGGUGGAGGCGCACCGACCGCCGUCAUGGGUGAGAAAAAGGCACAGGACAAAGAUGCGAGAAGGAACAAGAUUCAGGACGCGCAGGGCGAUGCAGGCAGGGCAGGGAGCUUGGGGGACCAGCUUGGUGUGAAACUGCCAGGAGGGGUACAGGUGGGUCCUCCAGUAGAGUACUUCGCCUUACCGACCGCCGGAAAGCACAAUCGGCUGAACUUGUGCGUUUGUCCGAGUCGCGAAGAAGCCAGGGAACGCGAUGCAACGACCAGCGACACAGGGAGCGGCGUCUCACCGUCUUCUGCGGCAGGCAGGGAAGUCGAGAUCUGGCGAAGCUUUUCAGCUCGAAAGCAACGUGCGGAGGACUUUGUCUGCGGCCCAAACAGAGGCGAGGCUUUCUACGUACACCGCGACUUGGCUCCACACAGGAAGGCGGAGCCUCGCAAAGGAGGACGGGAUUCAGAUGUCCUAUGUUGA